AUGAAACUGUCGUCUCAACCGAUUAAGACAAAGGGUGCUCCUAAGAAAUUGAAGCCUACACUGAAUGACAACUCGACUACACAGUCUCCUUCUUAUUGUGAGCAUGUCGAUAAACGUUUUCCCGACUCACCGACUUCUAAAUCUCAAAAACCUCAAAAAAUGUCAAACAAAGGAGCUCGCAUAAGCAAACCGCCUCCGACACCUAUUCCACUCAAAAUUCCAAUUAUCGAAGAGAUGCCAAUUCCUCCGAACAUUCUAUUCAUCGAAGAGAUGCCGGUUUUUAUGCACCCUUACAUCAAGCGGAUCGUAGAUAUUGCUGGGGACGGUAAUUAUGAUUAUCGAGUCGUCUCGGCGUUGCUUGGUAAUGGAGAGGGUAGCCAUACGGUUUUCCGUCAUCAACUCAUCCAAGACUUGAAGACGUAG